AUGUGCGCUACCUCGCGUGGGAGACGCCGCCGGAGGGACUUGCGGGACGAGGUGGCGAAGCUCCGCAGCGGCGACUUCAUCGGCGCGAAUGUGACCAUCCCGCACAAGGAGAGCGUCAUCGCCUUGCUUGACGAGGUUGACCCGCUUGCGCAGUCCAUCGGCGCGGUGAACACCAUUGUCAAGAGCGCCGGACGCCUCGUCGGACACAACACCGACGCCCACGGAUUCAUGCGUGAGCUAAAAGAGGACGGUGGUUUCGAGCCUACGGGCAAGCGUGUGUUGCUGCUAGGAGCGGGCGGCGCCGCGCGCGCUGCUGCAUUCGCCCUCUGCCGUGAAGGCGUAGCGUCCAUCACAAUAGCCAACCGAAAUGUUUCACGCGCCGAGGCACUUGCCAAUGCGCUGCACAACGAUGCUGUGAGCGUAUUCGCCGCUGUCCUGGACAAUACGACUCUGGAGACUGUCGCGCUCGAAUCCGACCUCAUCGUCAACUGUACUUCCGUAGGAACGCGACACGGAGACACCGAAGGGCAGACACCGCUCUCCGGCGGGAUAAUCUCCCACGAGGCCGUGGUCAUGGACAUGGUCUAUAACCCGCAGAACACCCCGUUCCUCUUCGGAGCUCGCAGCGCAGGCGCGACCGCGCUCGGCGGCUUGCCCAUGCUAAUCUACCAGGGCGCCUCCGCCUUUGAGAUGUGGACCGGCAGAGAAGCCCCCAUAGACACCAUGUUCGCCGCCGCCAACGUCGCCCUCCUGAAAAUGGAUUAG